GAUUGUUUCUAGUUUCAAAUUAUAUGCUUCGGCUUGUUUUGGGGGACUUGGGGGUGCCACGGUAUAAUGUGCAGUCGGAAAACUGCGCAGACGCCAAGUCCCUGAAAUCACAAGAAAAAAAAGUUGUGAAAAUUUUGUGCGAGUUCCAGAUACAAUUUCCAGCAAAUUGAAUCAUCGCGAAUUUUGUGUAACGUUCAAGUGGCCAAAAAGUGAAACUAGCUCCACCUAAAAAAAGUGUAAAUAAUAAACUAAAGAAAUGGAGCAAAUUUGGAGAAAUGUUUGCGCUCAUUAUGAUGUGCCCGAGGAUGUAAGCAACACUUGGUAUGCACGCAUCGAGGAGCACUUGAGUGUGGACAGUCCAACGCGCGCUUAUCACAACUGGCAGGAGAUGAUGCAGCGCAAGCAUUCCCAUCUGUCCGACUGUGCUCCCAGCAUUGCACUGGCCGCCUUCUUCCAGUACUAUCACUUUGAUGGCAAUCGCAGCUGUGUGCAGGAGAAUUGCGAGGUAUUUGAGGAGUUCUGUCGCGAUGCAAUGAUCGAAGAUGAUCAUGCCAAGUCGCUUGUGUGCAAUUUGCUGGGACGCAAAACGCCAGAUAAUGAAGUUACUUGGUCCCAUGAUGACGAGGCCAAUUUGCUGCAGGAUGUUGAUCUGGUUGUCCUUGCCGCACCACCGGAGGAGUAUAAACACUACACGGAGUUGCUGCGACACGAGUAUGCAAAUCUGGAUGAUGAAACCUACAAGUCGAUGAGGGUAAAGGUGCUGGAAACUCUAAUGAUUAUACCAUGCAUAUACUCCACUCCAGAAUACCAUGACAAGUACGAGGAGCUGGCACGCACCAAUAUACGCAAUGAGAUAAGGGAGCUUAAGCAGUAAAUGGUUCAGUAAAGGAUUGCAGUAGUUCGACAAGGGCUAUGUCUGCACCAUAUAAUUGGCUAUUAAUCCAACAUUUUUAUAUACAUAACACAGAUAGAUAUGCAUGAUAUGUCUUGAGAUAUUCCAUUUAAUUUAAUUAAUACAUAGAUGGAUGGAUUUGGCUGUGUGAAAGAAUGUUCACAUGUAGGGUGAUAAUAUUGGGGACAUUAGCUAGCCGAAAUUACAAACAAUCAAAAACCAUCGAUAAUUUAGUUAAUUGCCGUUUUUAAUUCAAUUAAAUGUCUAGCCAUAGAUACAAUUUAUGUAAAACAUUAAUGUAACCAAAAUUACAUCAACUUUUAUACAAAAUAAUAUAAAUAUAUAUUGAUAUAUACGUAAGCAACUGGCCUGUCAACACUGCAAAUCAAUAUUAAUAAAAUCGAUGUGUAUAUAUAACCAA